GCAUCGCCGUGACGCAGAACGACUUAGAGCGUCCCGCAGGGUUUCCAUGGUGCAGCCCUCAGCCCCAAGUCCCUCGGCUUCCUUUCCGGCCAGAGCGCUGUGACCAAGGCAGGCGGCGAGUCCCUCCCACGAUGUUAACGCCGCUUGGGGGAGGGGUUGGGAGAGCAGGUGGCGCUCUAGGCGAGUUUGUUCGCGUCUCUAUGGUGCCGAAUGCUCUUCUCCGCGCGUCGGGACGGACGUUACCCCUUUAAUCGGCGGAGGGCGGUGCCGAGGAGGUCCCGCGAGAGCGCCGGGGGGCGGGGGGCGGUGCCGAGGCUGGGGGCCCGUGGCGGAUGGAGCCUGCGAUGGAGCCGGAGACUCUGGAGGCGCGAAUCAACAGAGCCACAAACCCCCUGAACAAGGAGCUGCACUGGGCCAGCAUCAACGGCUUCUGCGAGCAGCUCAACGAGGACUUUGAGGGGCCUCCACUUGCCACCCGGCUGUUGGCCCACAAGAUCCAGUCCCCGCAGGAGUGGGAGGCGAUCCAGGCCCUGACGGUGCUGGAAACAUGCAUGAAGAGCUGCGGCAAAAGGUUCCACGACGAGGUGGGCAAGUUCCGCUUCCUCAACGAGCUCAUCAAGGUCGUGUCUCCCAAGUACCUGGGCUCUCGGACGUCGGAGAAGGUGAAGAACAAGAUCUUGGAGCUUCUCUACAGCUGGACGGUCGGCCUCCCUGAGGAGGUGAAGAUCGCAGAGGCCUACCAGAUGCUGAAGAAGCAGGGGAUUGUGAAGGCCGACCCCAAGCUUCCAGAUGAUAACACCUUUCCCCUUCCUCCGCCGCGGCCCAAGAAUGUGAUCUUUGAAGACGAGGAGAAAUCCAAGAUGCUGGCCCGCCUGCUGAAGAGCUCCCACCCCGAGGACCUCCGAGCAGCCAACAAACUCAUCAAGGAGAUGGUGCAGGAGGACCAGAAGCGAAUGGAGAAGAUCUCAAAGCGGGUGAGCGCCAUCGAGGAGGUGAACAACAACGUGAAGCUGCUGACGGAGAUGGUGAUGAACCACAGCCAGGGCGGCGCGGCUGCCCAAAGCAGUGAGGACCUCAUGAAGGAACUGUACCAGCGCUGUGAGCGCUUGCGGCCCACACUCUUCCGACUGGCCAGCGACACGGAGGACAAUGACGAGGCCUUAGCGGAGAUCCUGCAAGCCAACGACAACCUCACCCAGGUCAUCAACCUGUACAAGCAGCUGGUGCGGGGCGAGGAGGUCAACGGCGAUGCCACAGCCGCCUCCAUCCCUGGGAGCACCUCGGCCUUGUUGGACCUCUCAGGUCUGGAUCUCCCUCCGGUGGGCACAACUGACCCAGCCACGCCCACCCGCCCUGGUGACCAGGCCAGCCUGGAGCAGCCCAGCACCUCAGCUUCCCUACUUGACGAUGAGCUCAUGUCUCUGGGCCUAGGCGACCCCACACCCCCUUCAGGCCCGGGAUUGGACGGUGCUGGGUGGAACAGCUUCCAGUCGUCUGAUGGCACGGAGCCCCCCCACCCCGCUCCGGCCCCCAACGUGGACAGUCGGCCCCCGGCGCAGAUGUCCCUGCCCACGAGCAGUGGUCUGGAUGACUUGGACCUCCUGGGGAAGACCCUCCUGCAGCAGUCGCUGCCCCCAGAGUCCCAGCAAGUGCGGUGGGAGAAGCAGCAGCCAGCCCCCCGCCUCACACUCCGGGACCUGCAGAAUAAAAGCAGCUGCAGCGUGUCCAGCUCCGGCGCCACCAGCCUCCUCCACACCGUGUCCCCCGAGGCCCCUGGGCCCCUGCAGCAGCCCACACCGACGGAGCUCUCGCUGGCCAACAUCACUGUGCCUCUGGAGUCCAUCAAACCCAGCAGCAUCUUGCCGGUGACCGUGUAUGACCAACAUGGCUUCCGGGUCCUCUUCCACUUCGCCCGAGACCCACUGCCCGGGCGCUCUGAUGUGCUGGUGGUGGUGGUUUCCAUGCUGAGCACCGCCCCCCAGCCCAUCCGCAACAUUGUUUUCCAGUCAGCUGUCCCCAAGAUCAUGAAGGUGAAGCUGCAGCCGCCCUCAGGCACAGAGCUGCCAGCGUUUAACCCCAUCGUCCACCCCUCAGCCAUCACCCAGGUCCUGCUCCUUGCCAACCCCCAGAAGUUUUUCGCAGUGUGAACUUGGGCGCUGAACACCUUUACAUAGAUGCUAUUGAGAAGUGCUGGAGGCCAGCCGAGCCUGCGCGCUCUUUUCAGUUCUGCAAAUGAGGGCCCUUCUCUGUGCCAGGCCGACCCUUGGAAGUGCACGGCAAGAGCUCCUCGACGUGGGCCGUGCUGUCAAGGGCACAGGAGAGGGAGCAAGGCCUCAGAGCCAGCAUAUCCAGUUCCCCACUGCCCCCACAGUGUGACCACCAUCCUGCAUCCAGGCCCCCAGACACCCUGACCUCUCAGCCACGUGUUCCUGUUCCCCUCCCUGCCCGCCAGGCAGGACUCUGCCUAAACCCUUGUGAUGUCUCCGAAAGAUAAUCUCUUGUUGGAAGCUUCUUCCUUUAAAUGAAACAAAACCCUAUUCCCUGUGGCAUACCCCUGGGGUCCCAGAAGCACCCUCAGGAGCACGCACUCUACAGGUUGCGUGAGCCUGUGACUGCCGGCUGGGAGCCUGGGCCUCUUCCAGUGGGGUCUCUAGCUUGCUGUGAGACUUUGAACAAGGUGCUUCCUUCUCUGGCCUUUAGGUUCCUUAUUUGAAAAGGUGGGAGGGACCCAGUGAGCUGUAAGGCCCCUCAGAGGCCUUCUGAAGAGUCCUUGGGCAAAAGGGUCCCCCAGUCGGCUUGGAGUGACCCAGAUGUCACAGGGACAGGGAGAUCCCUUCAGUCUUUCUGACCACCUUUCCCUGUUCCUAGGCCACCCAUCCAGCUGUCUGCCUGUCUGUCCUGCAAGUGCCUCUUGAGCAGCACCUGUGCCAGGCACAGCCCUGUCCUCAGAGCUCACAGCCUGGCACGGGACCCUUGAGCCAGGAGCAUGACCGCCGAGAGCUGGGAGGGAGAUGCACAGGGGAGCUGCCGCAGGAGCCCACACCUGUCUGAGGGGCUAGAGGGGGUGUCUGGUCAGAGGAGGGGACCCUUUGCUUUCACCACCUGGAGGAGGCAUCCCCCAAAUACUGCAUGUCAAUCCAGACACAGGUCCAGAGCCCCUGGAGACCUCAGGCUGGAAGGGGGUACUCGCAGGAGUGUUCUCUGUCUCUGCAAGGGUCACCCCCACCCCCGCCCACGCCAGGAGCAGUGGGACUUCCCAGGCCUUGAAGGCACACUUCCACUUCUAUCUGUGAGGCUGGAAGCAGCAGCGCUUUUUUUUUUUUUUUU